AUGUCAUUUGGUAUAGAAAAACAAAUUCAAUUUUCAAAUUUAUCUUAUAAAACUACUGAACAAAUCUUAAUUAAUUAUUUUUCACAAUAUGGACAAAUAGAAAAAUUAAUUUUAUAUAAAGAUGAUCAAGAUCAGUCAUUACGAAAAGGUUUUUUUAUAUAUAAAAAUCUAAAUUCAUUGAAUAAUUUAAUGUCGAAACGACCACAUACAAUUGAUAAUCGACAAAUAUUUCUUCAACGUACAAUACCAAUAAAUCAAUAUACAAAUAGUAAUUAUUUAUCAGAAUCAUUAGGUAUUAAUUUAACAGUCAAUGAAUUAUUUAUUAGUCGUUUAUGUUCUGGAGAAACAAAAGAAAUGUUUAUAGAUUAUUUUCAACGAUUUGGUACUAUAACUUAUUGUCGUGUGUUUAAUUCCUACUCGCAAAAUCCUAAACAAAUGGGUUAUGCAUUUGUACGUUUUGAUGAUUAUGAUAGUGUUGAUCAAAUUAUUCUAUCACGACCACAUAUUAUCAAUUCAAAAUAUUGCCAUAUACGAAAAUCUAUACCGAGAGAAUAUAAUUAUAUAACAUCAUCAAUAAAACCUGUCAGUGUAAAUAAACCUCUAUGGCGUCAUUACGCUUUUGGAUUAAUAAAUAUGCAAACACAUGCAAUUAUCUAUCCAUCACUAUCCACAACUACUCAAUCUAUACCGAUUAAACAAUAUGAUAUACAAGACAAAGUCUCGAUGAAAAAGAGUCCAACUCAUGAAUUUGAAUUAAUUCAAGCAAGUUCUCUCUCGAGUAGUAUAUCACUUGUGAGUUCAACUAUCGAUGAUUUUACACCAUUAUCAUCACCACUUUAUUCAACAGCGAUUGCAUAUUCACCAACAACCGAUAUUAUUUAA